UUCACCGCGAAGCACCCGCAUCCCACCACAUCGUCAUGAACACAUGCCACUUUAACGGAUGCGAGGAAAAGGUCCGCCCCGGCACGCAAAAGUGUGCGUUCCAUCGCAAGAAAGGGAUCUGCAGCGUCAGCGAGUGCCGGAAUCAAGUGUACGCCCGCGGGUUAUGCGUCCGCCACGGCGCGCGCAAGCCGUGCGAGUUCCCCGACUGCGAAGGGUUCGCCCGCUAUGGCGGCUUUUGCUGCAAGCACGGAGACAAGUACACGAUGAAGGAAUGUGCGGAAGAAGGCUGCAUGAACAAAGCCCAUGCGCGGCAGAAAUGCGUGCGCCACGGCGGCGGGAAGAAGUGCAGGCACGGCGGAUGCGACUCGCACGCCCGAUUCAGUGGGUUCUGCUCCAAGCACAUGGAGAGCGCCAUCACAGCCGAGUCCCUCGUGUCGCUCGCCAACAAGCCGACCAUUAUCAUGCCGAAACCGUCUAUGCGGGAUAUUUGUUCCGCGCUGUCGCCCCAGUUUGGCCACUCGGCGCUAAAGACCAGUCCCCACGCCAACAAGUUGCCGUCGAUCAAACUCUCGUACGAGUACAAGCCGUACUUUGUCGUGAACGCAUGACGUUUCGCCCCAUAUAAUAUAGUAACAUUAGAUUAUCGAAUCAGCCUGUACUAGUUGCAUCGUUCC